AUGGCCGCUGGGGAUCCUUCGGUGAUCGCCCAUACUGACCCCGUCGUGAUCCCGCCAAAACGGUCCCAACGACGCACACCAGUCAAUCAUUUGGACACGAGGAACAGCGGUCGAGAUACUCGGAGGGAUAUGCGCCGGUCGUCGUCCGCCAACACUCUCCCUCGUAACGUCCCCACCUCCGUUGCAACGCUGCUCGAGGUGACAGCGAUCCCUCCCCGCAGAAGCUGGACGGUCCGGAGUUCUCGUAAGCUGCCGCCCGGGAACCAUGUGGAAGAUUUUAGCCGCCUUCUGAUGGAGGGCAUCAAGCCCCGAGACGAACGCGGCGCUUCCUUGGACGGUUCCGGGAACUCUCCCUUGGAUUUCCUCCUCAGUCCUUUGGACGAUGAGAAGUCCAUGCUGGCAAGCGAGCUGGAGUCGGAUCUCUCCGUGCGCUCCACGUCACCCGAUUCGGUGCCGUCAUUGGAUCAUGAACUAAGCUCGGAUACUUCUUCCAGUCCGAGGACUCCCCCGAGUCAGAGGCGGCACCUGGAUAAGAGGAAGUACCUCUCUUCUCCCCCGGAGGAUUGCGCAUCGGACCAUCCUCUUUUGGAGAAUGAGGAGCCUGACUCGUUUCAAUCGUUUUUCACGCCAUCCGAACCCGCCAGCGUCUCUUCGAAGCCGUCAAGCCCGUCUCGCACCUUUCCUCGAUUAGGAUCGACGUUCAAGUCGAAUCUCACCGCUUCAUUGCGAGCCAUCAAGUCAGCUGCACAGACGGUGUCGAACUUUGCGACGCCAUCGGUUCAACCGGAUGAUUUUCUCACGCGUUCUCUGUUCUCGAUCACCCCCGAAUUAACCGAUGACCGGCGCCCCCUUCCGAUGAGCGAACCCCCUUCACCGGCUCUUCGACGCUAUCUCAAUCCGAUCACCUUGUCGCCUGCCGAGAUGCAUGUUUAUCAUGAAUCUCCGCAGGGUUCGGACCAGUUCGCUCACAGCUGCCCGGUGUCGAUCCAGAUGCAAACGUACAACCGAUCUGGGUCUUCAACCGGCCGCAGACGGAGCCGUUUCAGCACGGGCAACGCCAGUGGAUACGAACAACAGCUGUGCUCGUUCGAUCCAGAGAUCCCAAUGACCCGUCAACGCGAGCCGCGCGAGAACAGUGAUUUCCUGCGCGUGGUCGUCCUAGAGAUGAAUAUGCGGCGCAGCGGCAAAUUACGCGAUGACAUCCCGAGCCGGGCCAAGGUCUGGCUGCCUCCACGCAAGCCAGCACGGUUGGUCUCGAGCGCCUACGGUGAUGAGGAGGAGACUGCCAUUCCCCAACGAUGGGUUGGGGUUUCAAUCGAGUGCGCUUGA